AUUUUGUUUCUUUUUUGUAUGAUCUGAACUGUGCGUGUGAGAUUCUGUUCAGUGAGCGGGGGUCGCGGAAAACAUGCAUGUUAAAUUGGGGGUCGCGACUCAAAAAGGUUGAGAACUACUGCUUUAGACGGUCAUUAAUUUUACUGUUACCUCUUUUUUCCAGCCACAACGAUGAAGAAGAACAAAAGCAAAGCGAACAACGCUGCUGAGAAGGAGUUUGUGUUUGAGUUCAGGGCAGGGAAACACAACUGUGUCCUCAAAGUGCCUCUGCAGUUUCCUGUUCAGGAGAACAUCAGUGACCUUCACGGACGCCUGAUGCUGCUGCAUAAAAUACCCUGCUACAUAGAGAAUGAGUUAAAAACCUCCCUGUCCAGCUUCAUCGAGGGGGAGACCAUCCUGGACUAUGACCGAGAGGCAGAGCUGGCCCUGCAGAGACUCACAACAGGAGACGUAGACGUGAACCAGCUCACCAACGCAUGGACUAGGUCUUAUGUGGAGACUACGCUGGAGCAUGCUCGGCCCGAGGAGCCCAGCUGGGACGAGGACUUUGCCGAUGUUUACCAUGAGCUGAUCCACUCCCCCGCCUCAGAUACCCUCCUCAACCUGGAGCACAACUACUUUGUGAGCAUCUCUGAGCUCAUCAGUGAGAGAGACAUGGAGAUUAAGAAGCUGCAGGAGAGACAAGCAGCUGAAAUGGACAAAGUGAUGCAUGAGCUGGGGAAUACUCUGAGUGACCAGGAUGUCAAUGCAGUUGCCUCUCAACACUUUGAUGCUCAGCAGGUGUUGGAGAACAAGUGGGCCAGUGAGCUGAAGCAAGUUACGGGCAUUCAAAAGCACGAGUACCAGGAGUGGGUCAUCAGUCUGCACCAAGACCUGCAGAAAUCAAACAACAGCAGCCAAAUUAAUGAGGAGAUUAAGGUUCAGCCCAGCCAGCUGUCGGAGCAGGCAGACUCUGGGGCCAGGAUGUUUGAGGAGCAGCCUCAGCUGGAGGAGAGUUUCACCAUACACCUAGGAGCACAACUGAAGACGAUGCACAACCUGCGGCUGGUCCGAGCCGACGUCCUGGACUUCUGUAAGCACCGGCGGCACGGCAGCGGUGGAGCCAAGCUGAGGCGUCUGCAGACGGCCCUUUCACUCUACUCCUCCUCACUCUGUGGCCUGGUGCUGCUGGUCGACAACAGGGUCAACUCCUACAGUGGCAUCAAGAGAGACUUUGCAACUGUGGCGAAGGAGUGCACAGACUUCCACUUCCCCUGUCUGGAGGAGCAGCUGGAGGAGGUGCAGCAGGUGGUGCUGUAUGCAAGAGCCCAGCGGAGCAGCAAGCAGAAGGAACAGCCUGAGAUUCCAAGGAAUGGAGGUGACGAUAAAAGCAAAAAUGUUGAAAGAAAUCCAUCUAACAUCUUACCAGGUGAGUUCUACAUCUCGCGGCACUCAAACUUGUCCGAGGUCCAUGUUGUCUUCCACCUGUGUGUGGACGACAACGUGCGUUCAGGGAACAUCACGGCCCGGGAUCCUGCCAUCAUGGGUCUGAGAAACAUCCUGAAGGUCUGCUGCACGCAUGAUGUCACCACCGUCACCGUGCCGCUGCUGCUGGUGCACGACAUGUCAGAGGAGAUGACCAUACCGUGGUGUCUCAAGAGAGCCGAGCUCGUGUUCAAAUGUGUCAAAGGCUUCAUGAUGGAAAUGGCCUCAUGGGAUGGAGGAAUAUCACGCACAGUUCAGUUCCUAGUGCCAAAGAGUAUCUCAGAGGAGAUGUUCUACCAGUUAAGCAACAUGCUGCCUCAGAUCUUCCGUGUCUCCUCCACCCUAACUCUCACCUCAAAGCACUGAUGGACAGAGGUGCACCUCAUUGUAUCUUAAAGGCAUUCUGAGUAACAAAGACUCAUUUAUAUUCACUAUCCCACAGACAAGUUGUAUGUUGAAAACAAAGUUUUGUUUUUGAGUUUGCUCAACUCUGAAUUCAGAUUUUUGUCAACUCAACUGUAAGUUGUACGAACUUAUAAUUUUACAUUGUAAUAACUUUUAAUCCUUACUUCUGCUAACUUCUGCAAUGUGCUGAAUUGGCACGAUUGUAACGCUGCUAUGAAAUGUCAGCUAAUGUUGCGACCACAAUUUAGAGCUAGCAUUGAUACGCUAAUGGCUACUCUUGUAGCUGUAACAAGCAGCGCCGCUAGCAUCAGUUAGCCGCUGGCAUCAGUUAGCCGCUAGCAUCAGUUAACCGAUAGCAUCAGUUAGCCGCUAGCUUUCGCUAAUGACAGAAUUUCACCGCUUUCCCGCAUUUCACAACAAAGAAAUAAGAGUUAGCAGAACUAUUGUACCUUGUUGUGAACCCCAACUUAAAGAUAUAAGUAACAACAACUCACCAACUUGUUUUUGAGCAGACAACUGGCUUCCUUUGUUGUGCUAACUAACAUUAUUGCCCUAAAUGUCAAUAAUUUAUAUUUCCAAGUUUUACCAACUUAAAUCACUGUUUUAGGCCAAAAAAUACAAGUUGGCCUUUUUGCAGUGUAGAUUAAAGGGAUUGUUCAUAUUUUCUUUGAAGUGGGGUAGAUGAGCUAUUUAACCAUAUACUGUGUGUUAUCUAGCACAGCAAAAUGUGUUUUAGCCACCUGAAAAUAACCUCAAUCAGUUUAAGCGUAGGCUAUAUAUAGAAUAUGUUUACUACUUUAACUGGCCGUCAGACAGCCCUGUUGAAGUUUAUUUGGUGGCAACUGAAGUCGUUAGCUAUGCUCUCCAAAGCCACCAGACUCCUAUAACAAAAACAAUAAGACAAAAACAAUAAUUUUAACUUGCAGAACAAAGGAGUUGCUGGUCGUCCUCUGCUUCAGUUGGUUAGUCUGUUUGUGGUAUUGUAUGACUUUGCUGAACCCUUAAAAACAACAAAGUCAUAGUGAAACAAAGGCAAACUAACUGACCAAGGCAGCCGAAGGGCAGUAACGCCGCUUCCUCAAGAUAAAAAUACUGUUUUUGUGAAUGAAGUCUGGUGGCUUUAGAGACCAACUUCAGUUCCCCCCUCAUUUACUUAAACAGGGCUGCCUGAAGACAAGAGAAAUCUUUAUAAUCUUAAUAUAGUGUACACUUAAACUGAUAAUAUUUUUUUAUUUUGGGGCACAAUGGCCGCCAUUUACUGUAGAGAAUUCACUGACGACACCCAUACGACCCCUGUCCCUUUUAGAGUGGACAUUUGAUGAAGUAGCACAUAAGCCGCAUUCAUUGGGAAUGGGGUCAAAAAUAAUAUGUUGGCAUUUAAGCACUUACAGUAGAGGUGCAAAAAGGAUUUUAAUGAAAAGAGACAUGUGUAUGCAAUUAGCCUUUUUUAUUUUUGCAUUUUUCAAAACGACUAAACUGUGCUGUAAAUACUUCUCACUGCAUUCAGUGGCUCACCAAAGCAGCUGCUGCAAUUAUCAUUUCAAGCCUCCGGGGUGUGGUCAUGGUGACAGAGUUUUAUGACAUCAUGACAUCAGCCGCAAGUGCUGUAAGUAUUGCAGUUUUUGUUUAAAGUUCAAAUCUGUAACUUUCCGUACAUUGGAGCUAUAGCUUACUGGAGGAUGUUGGUGGAGUUGUUUAAACUUUCUGGUACGGCAAAAAUCAAGUAGAUGUAAUAAACAAUUGUUUACCAAAGUGAUGAAUCUGGAUGAAACAGGCACUGGCACCUGGACAGGUGUGACCUAACUGUAUUAGAAACCAUGUUAAAUGUGACUUUUAUGUGUUUUCUAACACUGUGUUGGUUAUGAAAGAAAAAAUGUCGGAUCUCCACUUUAAAUGAACUUUUUUUGUUUUGAUGGACAGUGUGAGCUCACAUUUCAUCUGUUGAAUGUUCACAAAUUAGCCCUCAUGUAUCAUCACACAGUUCAGCCAUUAUAUGAGGUUUAGCAGUCUGAACCGCUGGGUGAUUGGCUUCAUAUUUGAGGGCUGAUUUGUCCAGAGAGAAGUGACAUGAACUUGGCUCCUCUUGUCCUAAAGACAAAUCUUUGCUGCUGGGAUGAUCAAUGCACAGGUGUCUUUCUGCUGCAUUGCAGUGAGUUGGAGUGAUGAUCACUGUGUGUGUGUGUGUGUGUGUGUGUGUGUGUGUGUGGUCCCUCCCCUCUACUUCUGUGACAGCAGAUGGCACUGUUCCUAAAGACAAAGAUGUGAAAAGGGUGACUACACACUGAGAGAUAAAGUUAAACAGCAUUAAAAUUCAUCUCAAGAAAUGUUGGUCCACAUUCAUCAUGAGCAAGAAGGGCCUGCUAUAAAAGGUCAUGUAUCUUCAGUGGUAAAUGUUUGUCAAAUGUGUUGAACACUUGAACCUAAUCAGAUGUGUGUUUACUGUAUAAGUUUACAUUUUUAUGUUUCAAUAAAAACACCAUACUCA